AUGUAUAACCAAACCUACGACAAUGAAACGCCUAUACCCCUAAUCGCAAACUACACUGUAGUCAAAGAAAAUGAAGAUGACAAGGGGGAGACAGAAGAUCGGGUUAUUCUGGAAAUAGGGAAAGCAGACGAUAAGCCGAAGGAAGAACUGACGUUCAGCCAUAAGAAGUAUGAUAAGACGACGUCGCACCACAGGUCUUAUGUGUUGGAGGAUUACUCUGAGACCAGAAAGGUGACAUACUUUAGGCCGCAUGAAUUGGAAACUAGUCAAGAAGAGUACGCUCCUCCCAAAGACUACGCUUCGUCUCUCACCUCCCUGCCAGACACUGCGCACUCCGAGUCCUCACUGGACUAUUCUCAUGAGGAUGUAAAGCCCGAAGCAGAUGAGAAACACUGGAAGGAACGCGCGCUGCAGCUUGAAAAAGAAUACAAAAAGACGGCCUGCGACCGCGAGCGCACGCGCAUGCGCGACAUGAACCGCGCAUUCGAUCUGCUGCGGUCCAAGCUGCCCGUCACCAAGCCCACCAAGAAGAAGUACUCCAAGAUCGAGUGUCUCAGGAUAGCGAUCUGCUACAUCCGCCACUUGGAGUUCAUGCUAGCUGACGGCGCCGGCGCAGAGGACAGUACCUUCUUCGAACUGAAUGCUGACUUGCGACGCAGGCAUAGAUUCUGA